UUCCGGGGCGGGACCUCGCUCGGAAGGGGCGGGUGUUUCUGGCGCCGCGGAAUGGCGGGGCUGGGCAGUGCGAUCCUCCUGUGCCGGAGGCUGCACACAGCUGUGAGUCACUGCAGGGCACGAAGUGGCCCUGAGCAUCGGUGGAUCACCCGGCAGCGGAAUGACCCAUUUGUGAAGGCUGCGAAGGUGGAGAGUUACCGGUGCCGAAGUGCCUUCAAGCUCCUGGAGGUGAACAAGAAGCACCGGCUCCUCUGGCCCGGCCUGCGGGUGUUGGACUGCGGGGCAGCCCCUGGGGCUUGGAGUCAGGUGUCUGUGCAGAAAGUCAACGCUGCUGCCUCAGAUCCCAGCGCACCUGUUGGCUUUGUGCUUGGGGUAGAUCUUCUUCACAUCCACCCUCUGGAAGGAGCAACUUUCCUGUGCCCAGCUGAUGUCACUGACCCAAGAGUCUCCCUGAGAAUUCAGGAGCUGCUUCCAGGAGGAAGAGCAGAUGUGAUCCUGAGUGACAUGGCCCCCAAUGCCACAGGGAUCCAGGACCUGGAUCAUGACAGACUCAUUAGCCUGUGCCUGUCCCUCCUGGCGCAGGCUCCAGGCCUCCUGCAGCCUGGGGGCACCUUCCUUUGUAAAAUCUGGGAUGGCAGUCAGACGCACUGCUUACAGAGGAGGCUGGCAGAGAACUUCCAGAGGAUUUGGACUGUAAAACCCGAGGCCAGCCGGAAAGAGUCGUCCGAGGUGUACCUCCUGGCCACCCAGUACCGAGGAGGGAAGGGGCCUGUGCGGGACUGAGUUUUCUUCUCCCAUUCCUGACCCCCUCGCCUCCCCAUCACACAAAUGUAGCCCAAGCUCUCCGGGAAGUGGCUGGGGAAGCUGAGCUGGACCUUGGGUGCAGCAGGCAUGACACGCACGGAGCCUCUGUAUGAAUCUGGAGAGUGUGAUGGGGUGUUCGGUGCUGUAAUGCCUGAUCAGAAACAGGCCACAUCGUCAUCUGUGACAGGAACUUUACUGAAGGAGAUGGUCAAAAAGAUGAGAGGGAGGAGAGAAGUAGAAGGGCUAUGGCAGACCUCACUCUGACACUGGUCCAUCCUGGAAACAGCCUGGAGCUGAGCAGUUAGGAAGGUCUGAAAGGCUCACGUCCGGGCUAAGGUCCACCUAGCCGAUGGCCUUCUUCCAACAGGCAGUGCUCAGCACCUUCAGAGGCACUGCUGUGAAUUUAUGCAAGGGGUAUGGGUGCACCACCCCCGGAAACAAUGUGUUACUUACUGUAAGGCUCUAAAGACCAUAAAGAUACAUGCCAAAGCAAAUCCGG